AUGGCAGCCAUCGGGAACGAGUUACGUCCCGACUACAGCACCUGGAGCAAUUCUAGCCUGAUUGAGCGCAUUACUGAGCUCGAGCGCCAACUUCACUCGCAGACUACUCAGUAUACGGGGUCAACUACUUCCACAGCGGUCGAACCGACCCGCUCAGCACCAAUCGCCACAGAUGUCAGCGAGCCCGCGAUCCCACUUGCUGAUCAGUACACCACCAAGUCGAAGAAACGAUUGCGUUCUCCAGACGGCGAGACCUCCCACACACCCGGCCAUGCGCCCUCUCAGAAGGGAGAGCGAGGCUUUGAUCCGUCAAAGUAUCAAACGCGCUUCAUCGCUCUCAAGUUCGCCUACCUCGGUCAGCGCUACAAUGGUUUAGAACAUACCAAUGGGAACAGCACGCCUUUGCCUACAAUUGAGGAAACUCUGUGGAAAGCGCUGCGUAGAACGCGUCUCAUUCUUCCACACACGUCCUCCGCAGACGAGCCUGGUGAUACUCAACCUCGAGAGCAACGGCCCUAUUCUAUCCACUGGGAUGGUUGUGAUUACUCCAAGGCGGGAAGAACAGACCGCGGAGUUAGUGCAUUUGGUCAGGUCAUCGGUUUGAGGGUUCGGUCUGCCAGGCCUCAGCCUAAGAUCAGGCCUCCUACUGAGAUGGGAAACGCAAAAGACGGCGACCCGAUGGAGGUGGAAGAAACCGCGGCCGACCAGGACUGGGAUGACAUUGCGGAUGAGAUUUCCUAUAUACAAGUUUUGAAUCGAGUCUUGCCCGACGACAUUCGCGUCCUCGCGUGGUGUCCUCACCCUCCAGAGGGCUUCGAUGCCCGGUUCUCUUGCCGUGAGCGUCGCUAUCGAUACUUCUUCACCCAGCCAGCAUUUUCCCCUACGCCCGGUCCGCUUGGCUUCGAGAACCGCGGUGGAACUAGCCAAGGCGAGCGCACAAAAUAUCGCGAGGGCUGGCUGGACAUCGACGCUAUGCGAGAAGCUGCCAAGCACUUCGAAGGCACUCAUGACUUCCGAAAUUUCUGCAAAUUGGAUACCAGCAAGCAAAUUGAAAACUUCGAGCGGAUCAUUUUCCAUUCCGAUAUCCACCUCGUCGAUCCGCGGACGAACCCCUUGGGCUUUGUCGGCCAGACUGGGUUCCAGAUCACCGAAGACUUCAAGGCAGACGUGGACAUACUUUCGAAGCAACGGCCUGACCCGACAACUCCUCAGGUGUACUCAUUUGAUCUGUAUGGCUCGGCGUUCCUGUGGCACCAGGUCCGCCACAUGGUAGCUAUUCUCUUCCUGGUCGGCCAGGGACUAGAGUCUCCCUCCAUCGUCCGAGAUCUACUGGACAUUGCGAAGAAUCCACGUAAGCCGGCCUAUGAGAUGGCUUCUGACGCGCCUCUUGUGCUUUGGGACACCAUUUUCCCAGAUGAGACCAGUGGCAGUAGAGAUGAUGCGCUUGAUUGGGUCUAUGCCGGCGACGCACGCCUCAACAAAAGUCGCAGCGCUAAGGGUGAUAGCAAGUUUGGCAUGAAGGGAGCCGUUGAGAGCCUUUGGACCGUUUGGAGGCAACGUAAGAUGGACGAAAUCUUGGCUGGGGCACUGCUGGACUUGGUCGUGAGUCAGGGCGAUCGCAGCAUCAUGUCCCAAAUGGAUGCCAUGCAAGGCGCUCGGAAAAAGCAGAGUCGGGGCGCCAAAAUCUGGCUCGGGGGCGAUGAUGCACGUACUGGGGGCAAAUAUGUCCCUGUUUUGCAAAAGUCCAAGACAGAGGCCGUGGAUGUCCGCAAUGCAAAAUGGCUCGCAGCUAAGCAGCGGAAAGAUGCUGUCAAGACUGCAGGCGGACAAGGUGACAGCGCUUGA